CCCCUCGGACAGGAGCGCACUGCCUGCCCCCUGUUCCUAGCGAAGGGAGGAAUUUAGAGGAAAAAAAAGUUUCCCAGAAGUUUGGAUCAGAGGAAGGGCAGCAAUCCUAAGAGAGGAAGAGAGAGAGGGAGGAGAGAAAGGGAGAGGGAGGAGAGAGAAUAAUAAUAAUAAUAAUAAUAAUAAUAAUAAUAAUAAUAAAAGAUGAAGUCCAGUCGGCACAGCCUGUGAGCGCCUGCCCCGGUGGGUGGGAAGCCGGACUCGGGUGCUCAUGCAGCGAGCGAGCCGCGCUGGGAGCCCUUGUUCCUAGCGGCUGGGGCAGCUCCGGGCGCCGAUCCGAUCCGGCGGCGGAGGGCGGGGGAGAACGCAGGGGGAGGGUGUAGAGGACCCGCGGAGCCGCCGCCUCAGCCUCGGCCGCCGCGCGGCCGCCUCUCCCGGGCUGGGCCCGGCGGGCGCUCAGAGUGUGAGGACACAGGCUGCACCCUCAGUAGCGGGGGCGAGCCGGGGCCAGGGUACGGGCGGCUAAGAUGAGUGAAAGGAGAAGAUCUGCAGUCGCCCUGAGCUCGCGAGCACAUGCCUUCUCAGUUGAAGCCUUGAUCGGCUCAAAUAAAAAGCGGAAACUGAGAGACUGGGAGGAGAAGGGGCUGGACCUGUCCAUGGAGGCGCUGAGCCCCGCAGGCCCGCUCGGAGACACCGAGGACGCGGCGGCACACGGCCUGGAGCCCCACCCGGAUUCCGAGCAGAGCACAGGUUCAGACUCCGAGACGCUCACUGAGCGGACUUCCUGCUCCUUCACCACUCACACGGACCUGGCCUCUGGGGCUGCAGGCCCAGUGCCUGGUGCCAUGUCGUCCAUGGAGGACAUUCAGGUGGAACUACAAUGUGCUGACCUCUGGAAGAGGUUCCACGAUAUUGGAACUGAAAUGAUCAUCACCAAAGCAGGCAGGAGGAUGUUCCCUGCCAUGAGGGUGAAAAUCACUGGCCUGGACCCACACCAGCAGUACUACAUAGCGAUGGACAUUGUGCCUGUGGACAAUAAGAGAUACAGAUAUGUGUAUCAUAGCUCCAAGUGGAUGGUGGCUGGAAAUGCUGAUUCCCCGGUGCCUCCAAGAGUUUAUAUACACCCUGACUCUCUAGCUUCUGGAGACACCUGGAUGAGACAGGUGGUCAGUUUCGACAAACUCAAGCUGACCAACAAUGAAUUGGAUGAUCAAGGACAUAUCAUUCUGCACUCUAUGCACAAAUACCAGCCUCGAGUCCACGUGAUUCGCAAGGACUUCAGCAGUGACCUUUCACCCACCAAGCCUGUCCCUAUUGGGGAUGGGGUGAAGACAUUCAACUUUCCUGAGACGGUGUUCACCACGGUCACGGCCUAUCAGAACCAGCAGAUCACCAGAUUAAAAAUCGACCGAAACCCUUUUGCAAAAGGAUUCAGAGAUUCUGGGAGAAACCGAACUGGACUUGAAGCCAUCAUGGAGACUUAUGCAUUCUGGAGACCUCCUGUGCGCACACUUACCUUUGAAGACUUCACCACCAUGCAAAAGCAGCAAGGGGGCAGCACAGGCACUUCUCCAACCACCUCCAGCACAGGGACACCAUCCCCUUCGGCUUCUUCUCAUCUUUUAUCCCCAUCCUGUUCUCCUCCAACCUUUCAUCUGGCCCCCAACACAUUCAAUGUGGGCUGUCGAGAGAGCCAGCUGUGUAAUCUGAACCUCUCCGAUUACCCACCUUGUGCCCGGAGCAACAUGGCCGCCUUGCAGAGCUACCCGGGGCUGAGUGACAGUGGCUACAACAGGCUCCAGAGUAGCACCUCUUCAGCCACUCAGCCCCCCGAAACCUUCAUGCCUCAGAGGACUCCAUCCCUGAUCUCAGGAAUACCAACUCCUCCCUCGCUGCCUGGCAACGGCAAGAUGGAAGCCUAUGGCGGCCAGCUGGGGUCCUUCCCCACCUCGCAGUUUCAGUAUGUCAUGCAGGCCGGCAACGCUGCCUCCAGCUCCUCCUCGCCACACAUGUUCGGGGGUGGCCACAUGCAGCAGAGCUCCUACAACGCCUUCUCCCUCCACAACCCCUACAACCUGUACGGAUACAAUUUCCCCACCUCCCCCAGGCUAGCUGCCAGCCCAGAAAAACUGAGCGCCUCUCAAAGCACUUUACUCUGCUCUUCUCCUACCAAUGGGGCCUUCGGGGAGAGGCAGUACCUGCCGUCGGGGAUGGAGCACGGCAUGCACAUGAUCAGCCCUUCCCCCAACAAUCAGCAGGCGGCCGGCACUUGCGAUGGCCGGCAGUACGCGGCGGUCCCGGGCUCCUCCUCCCAGAUGUCGGUGCACAUGGUCUAAAGGCCAGGCCAAAGCCACGGAGUCGAUGGCAGGCAAGGCCCCGAGUCUCCGUGGGCAGAGCCUACUCUUAUGGAGCCCAAUGCCUUUGGAAAAUAGGAACUGUGUAUUUUUUUUGGAGGAGGAAAACACAUAGCCAAGAACAACAAAGACACCUUUAAGCUGCUGAAGGAUACUUGGGUAGAAUCAUCCACAACUCAGUGGCUAUUCUCCUGCCUUCCCCAACUUAGUUUUAUAAAGCCUUGUCUGCUGCAGAGUGGCCUUGGAAGAGACUGAAUAAUCAUUUCAUAAUAACAUUAAGGGAGAUGCUUUUUGUAGCAGCCACGAAAAGUUACACACACCCAGACCGACCUGUACACACAUGCGUAGAUAUUCAUACACCAACUCGGACGUGCAUGAACACGCAGCACGCUGAGCUGACUCUGAACUGGGCGAACUCUGUGUGCCCCGAGGCCCAGCAUGGGUGCUUCCACCGAGAAUUUGUCUGUGUCCGAUUCUAGAUGGACUGGGCCAGCAGUAGCUGCUAGCCUUUCUCCCCUGCAGUUUCCCGGUUUCUGAAAUGAAACGUGUAUCCUGGCAACCCCUUCCCCAUCGAGGAGGGUGGAAAGACAUGGACUGCAACUGGACUUGGCUCCGGAAGAAGAUUCCUUUUGAACUUUGGCUUUCUUCUCUCAGUAUGCUGACCUUGACGUUCCUGGUGGUGCUGUGGAAAGAGGGAGCAAGAGCAGCUGAACGAUAGAGAGAGAGAGAGAAAGAGAGAGAAUAGUGAGUGGGAGAGAGGUGCAGAGGACGACUGAGUGAGGAAGUGUGAGCAAUGAUGAGGGUUUUAAUUCACCAAGGAAAUUUGUUUUGAGUUUGUCUCCAUCCCCCAGUUUAUGGAGAGGGUCAUGGGUUACUGAGGAGCAAACCUCUCUGGGACCCUCAAGGUCAGGGCACUGAUGAGGGCAGGUGAGGAAUGCCAUCUCAUCCCACAGCCCCUACCAGUGCGACCCAGGACAGAGCUGCACUAGGUGGGAAGUGCCCAUUUCACAGCCAUGCAGCCUGGCGGGGAAGGGAGAUGGAAGGGUAUGAGGAAGGAAGAGUUUUAUUAUCUUGGCAGAUGAUACCGAGAGCAAAGACAUGAUCCUGACACCUGAUCUGGAAAGCCUGCCCACCAGCUCCUGUGGCAGGGAACCCCUCUAUGGUCCAGGGAAUUGCAGAUGGGUCUUCUAUACCUUUCCACCUGCCCUUGGAUCUCUAUUUUUAUCAAAAUAGUUCAUUGCAUUUUGAAGUUUUGGUUUUUUCUUUGUUUUUCCCUUCAGAUCUUUUAAUGAUAAGAAAACAAGUGAAGCUUGGUGCAAGCUACAAUUUUUAAAUGGUGUGGAAAUGCAAAUAAUACCAAGUAAAAGAAUACAGAUAUAUUAAGAUUUUUGGUUUUGAGGUGUUGUAGAUAAUUGUAUUUAUAUACCUAGUGGGGAAUCCAAUAUUAUGAAUAUUAAAAAGGGGGCAAUAAAAGGGUUAUGUAAAAUAUGUAUGAAGAAAAGGUGUAUAAAAAUUUGCCCUUAUGCACGGAACUCUGUUUCUAAGUGCCAAGCACAGAAGCCGCUAAAUAAAACAUUUGCAAUUGUU